AUGGAUAAGCUGGAGCGACGGCUCGCGCGACUAUGGCGUCGGCUUGGCGGUGGACGACGGAGGGAGCGGCGCUCGAAAAAGGACGAAAGCUCGUCGUCGCCGCCUUGUGACGACGUUGUCGUAUUGAACAACAAAACAGCGAAAGCGAAAAACGUGUCGCCUUCGACUCGACAUCGUCACCAGAGUGACUCAACACCUUCGCGGAAUAGCCGGUCGAAGGAUCUCUCUCGAGCUUUGGUCCGACUCUAUGCCUACGCCAAGCUCAGAUCUUUGCAAAGCUUGAUCUUAGCUGAGUCGGCUCCCCCGUCAGACAGUUCUACCGUCACCGAUCUGGACAAUCUCGAUUUGCGACAGCCUAUGGAUCAGUUCUCCUUCCUCUCAUCUCUUCCGCAGCUUUCUAUCCCUCGACUGAAAAGCAACGACUUUGAUAAGCUAUGCCUCAGUCGUGAAAGCGGCUAUCUGACCAAUUCGCCCUGGGAAAUCUCGAGCAGUUCAGAGACUCUCCGACAACAGAGGUCUCCGAGUCUUGGUCGACCCCAUGGACAUCUACACAAAAAGCGAUCCACUCCAAGAAAGCGAUUGCACGCUUCACAUGGAGACGUCUGGGCCUCAUCUAACAUUGGCUAUCGGCCUCGUGAGGCGCAAUCGUACGAAACAAUGGAGUCCUUUUUAAGCAGAAAUGUCUACAAAUCCAAAUGUGUUACGUGCGUGUUCGAGGCAGCACACGCUGGUUUGGGAGUGCUCCUCGAUGACAUUCUGGCUGAGUUUGAUCGCUGUCUUAAGCAACAAAUGCUCCGUUCACUUCUCGAAAAUAACCGUCGAAUUCUCUACCUACAAGGGUCCAGAGAGGCAUUACCGAUACGAAUGGCUGAGGCGAAAACCGAGGAGAACAUUUUCAGUGACAACGAACUUCAAACUGUACAAGGUAACCUGUUAGUUUUUCCUUCGCGCUGCCGCCCUAUUCAUUUAAUCAGAUUC